UUAAUAUUGCCCUAAACAAACCAGCCCACCUGCAGCACCCGCUGAACCCAAAUAACAACACACGCAAUGCGCGUAAUGCUGUUGAUGGGCGCAAAUCUGACCCUACAUGGGAAGGGGGUCAAUGUUCUACAUCGGCUGGCAGAGAAACCGCAACCUGGUGGGUGAAUCUGACAGACAUUCGCAGCAUCCAUCACAUCAACAUCUACUAUAUGGUUGGGGAAAGACCAUGGGGUGCAUCCAAUCUCUUCACACCGUCCUUUUUGGGACUCUCAGUGUAUGUAUCCAACACAACAGAUAAAUUACAAGGAACUCUGUGUUUCAAGGAUAACAUUUUUACAGUAGACACUAUACCUGCUAACCUCACCAUCACUUGUCCUGUACACGGACAAUAUGUCAUAUACUACAACGAGAGGUUGUCCAGUGUAACCUACCCGAAGGGUUAUUCUCCAUUUGCUCAGAGUGACCUCUGUGAAGUCGAAGUGUAUGGAUGUCUUUCAACUGAAUACUAUGGAACUAAAUGUUCAAUACCCUGUCCAGAUGUCAACUGUGAAUAUUGUCACAUAGAUACGGGCACCUGCCAGGGCUGUAAACCUGGGUACAAAGGUCAUCACUGUGAAGCAGUUUGUAGAAAAGGAUCAUAUGGAAUAAAUUGCAAUGAAACAUGUGGCCACUGUCGAGACAUAGACCAGUGCUUUCACAUCAAUGGUACUUGCUUAACUGGUUGUGAGUCUGGUUUUCAAGGAGACUUUUGUCGAACAGAACAAACUAAUAAUGACAAUCCAAUGAGUUCAAACUUCUCGGCAAAAUAA